CUCACGCAUGAUGAGCUAGCAAUACAAACUGCCCAUGACGCUCCUUCAUUAAUUUGCUUACGAGGAAAUUAAACUUUCCUCCCAUACCAACGUACGUACGUGAUCAUGACUACCAACCUCAUGCAAGUCAGUGACAUGGAACUCUUGUUUCUCUCCCUUCUCCUCCUCCUAGCCCUCUUCCUCUCCCUCUCCCUCCGAAUCUUCGCCACCAAACUCCAACAACUUCCCGGCGGCAACCACAACAACGACAACCUUCCGCCGGGGAACAUGGGUUGGCCCGUCGUCGGCGAAAAGCUCAUCACCCAUAGAAUGAUGAUGAAAAACCACCCUCCCAAAAAAGUCUUCAAGACUUCCCUUCAGCUCGGAGAACCCACCGCCGUCCCUUGUAGCGCCACUGGCAACAAAUCGUUGUGGUGGCCGCGCUCCGUCGGGAAGGCCAACCCAUCCUCUCUCCAAACUUGGACCAAAGGUGAAUCCAUUAAAGAACAUGUCAGGGUUUAUCCACUAGGCAACAGAUUCACUUUGACCAUGGCUUGUAAAGUGUUGUUGAGCAUUGAAGACCCAAAUGAUCACAUAGCUAAAAUUUGGGGCCCAAUUCAUGUGUUGGGCGCUGGAGUGAUUUUGAUUCCGGUGAACUUUCCCAGGACGGCAUAUAACAGGGCGAUAAAGGUGGCGGAAAUGAUAAGAAAGGAGCUGAAGGCCAUAAUGAAGGAGAGAAAAAUAAUGGAAUUGGUGGGGAAGCAGGAGGAUAUAUUAUCACACAUGCUCACCACAAAGGAUGAAAACGAUGAGAUUGUGAAGGAGAAAUGGGACACUGCAGAUUCAACACUAGGGCUGCUAAUUGGGAGGCAUCACAGUACUGCCAGCGCUGCCACUACUUUCAUCAUCAACUAUCUGCAGGCUGAACUCCCCCACGUCGACUAGGAUGAGAUCCUCAAAGAGCGAAGAAUAAGGGUUAAUGCGGCAGAGAAGGGUGGUGGUUGGGUAUUAUACAUGGAACGUGCCCGGGGAAGGAGCAUGCUCGGCUUGUGGAUCCAUUUCCAAUGACCGCUAAAGGACUUCUCAUUCGCCUCCAUCAACACCCAUGUUGUAUCAUAUAUAUAUAUAUAUAUAUAUACACACAUAUAUAUCAUUUCUCAAUGAAUAUGCCAAUUGUGGAUAGUGUUCACCUGUGUAUGUGUAUGUGUUCGUGCCAGGGACAUCGUCAUUUGCUAAUAACCAUAUAAUAAACAUUAUUGCUUUUAA